CCUAAUUGAAUGAAACUCUCAGCGGAGAGAGAACAAGUGUCAUAAUUUUGAUAGUAGAAUUUUUUUAUACUCGGCGGUACAAAUAAAGUUGGAAUACAUUUCGUGCUCACAUAGAUAAAAUUGCUUUCUCGCCACGAAGACGUGUGUAGGUUUUGAGCUGGCGUGUGGGCUCUCUCUUGUAAUAUUUUAUUAUUUUUCCUCUCCAAAUUCCCGCAGUGAAGUUCGAAAUUAUGCAAAAUUUGCGGAGUUUUGUGCAAGAAAAGUGAUUGAAUUUGCAGAAGGAAAAAAAAGGAGAGAGAAAUGCGUGAAGAAGGAAAAAUCAGGACGACAUUGGAAGUUAUGUAGUUCAUUUUGAAGGAGAGAGAGACUCCACCACCACCCAAGAAGAAAAUUCUUCAAUUGAACUGAAUUUAUUUGGAAGGAAAAGCUUUUCCAACACAGGUGAGAGGGAGGUUGAUAGAGAGAGAGAGAGAGAGAUACAAUCAAUCACACCUUUGCGGAUGAAGUGCUAGACAGGCCCACGAAAAGGGCGAAAAGAAGAAAAAUAUAGAAACUAUUCUAUGUAAUUUAUUGCACACCUGGAAUAUAAAUUGAUGAACAAUGGGCAAUUCAAGCACGAAACUCGCGGAGAAAUGCUCACUGUUGACCAAGGACGAAGUUCCACUUGUUGCCAGCUCCUUUAAAUUAGUCAGCAAGAAUUCUGAUCGAAUUAAAGAGGAUGAUUUAAUGAAAUUUUGGGGCUCCCAGAUGGAUCCUCGCUUAGCUCAAUAUAUAACGAAUUUCCUGUUUGGCUCCCUUGGAUCUCGAUCAUCAGUGGUGGAAUUUCAAAAGUUCGCCGAACUAUACGUUUACUGCGUAAGAGGAUCAGUGGAUGAACGAAUAUCUGUUUUAUUGACAUGCCUGGGCCAUUCGGGUUCUGAAUCAGCCGAUAUUGCUUAUCCGCUAAUCAAGGAAUACGUGGAAGCUGUUGUUAGUAGCUACAUGAGAGCUUUGAGACUUGAAUCUGGGCCACAAUUUAAAUCGUGGGAAUCAAAAGGAUUCCGCAUUAUUAAGGAAUGUAUUCAAAAAUUAGCUGAUAGCUUGGUGUACGAUGUUGUUCAGCCAGGAACACAAAAAGUCACAAGAACCGAUGCUGAAAGAUGGCUUCAAGCCAAUCCGACAUUUCUCAAGAUGCUCGAGCAUGUCUUUUCCCAUUUGUACAACUAUCGCAGCACAAAGAGUCCACAGGAGGAACCCAUUGCGGUGCGUGGCUCAAUGGAGUGCGCAUCGAGACUUUUGCCAUUUUGCGAAGGCCUGGAAUACGUUCCCGAUUUCCCAGCUACAACGGACAUUACGCAAAUUCUCUACAUUAAUUCAAAUCUCCCGCAAGAUUUUCAGAAUAAAUGGCGAUUCUUGUUCUCAUCCCAAAUACACGGGGAGAGCUUUUCAACGCUACUGGGUAGGAUAAUGGAUCAAGGUCCAUCUGUGAUUAUUGUUGAAGAUACAAAUGGGUAUGUUUUUGGGGGCUUCGCACCGGCAUCGUGGUGCUUGAGUGCCAAUUUUGCUGGUGAUACGUCAACAUUCCUCUUCACGUUGCGCCCCAAAAUGCGAUGCUUCGAAAGUACAACGUACAACAAUCACUAUCAGUAUCUCAAUUUGCACCAGCAAACAAUGCCCAAUGGUUUGGGAAUGGGUGGACAACACAAUUUCUGGGGUCUCUGGCUUGAUAGUGAGUAUGGAAUUGGUGAAAGUUCCGAAUCCUGUACAACAUUCAAAGGAUACUCGCAGUUGAGUGCAAAUAAAAAAUUCCAAAUACGCAAUAUUGAAGUUUGGGCUGUUGGUGAGAAACCUUCAACGGAAUCCGAUGAUGAGGUAAAAAAAAUUAAAAUUGUUUUCUCUUCAAGAAAAGUAAUUAAUUGUCUUUGUCUCUUAUCUUUAAAGUGUUCACAGAAGAGCCCAGGACGGUCUGUUUUGCAGGGAAAUACGGAAACAAAGGCAAUUUUGGAAAUGGCAGGAAAGAGGCAAUAUUCUGAAGGUAUUCGUGAUGAGUUCUUUGAGUAGAAAUUAAGGCGGUAGGAUUGAGAAAAAAAGACCUACAUGCCUAUUUGCAACAACUAAAAAAUUACUUUAAAGACACAAACAUUUCCCAUUUAGUAAAUCAAUUUAAGUGUGAGAAGAUUGAGAGUUUGCAGCGUUGUUGCAACUGAGAGAGAAUGUAAUAUAAUUCGUAGUAAUUUAUUGAGUAAAUUAUUAAGCAUAGCUAGUAUUUUGCUCUAAUUUUGUUCAUUCUUUAUUACACAAUUAUAAUAUUUUUGAGCUCUUACAAUCAAUUUAAAAGAAAAUACUAAGUGAUAUAUAAUAAUUAUUGCUGAAAAAACUAAUUACAAAGUUCAUAACAUUUAAUUACAUAUACAUAUAUUAAAUUACGUGGUAAGAUGAAUCAUAAAUGAUGGUUAGAAAGAAAGAAGAAAAAAACAUAAUUGACGAUGAAAAUUAUAUAGAAAAUACAAAGUCAUACCAAAGAAAUGUUAAAGUAGAAUGUAUAGAAUAUUGUAGGUAUAAAAGUUAAUUUUUGUUUAGUUUGUAGAAGUUUUUUCAUUAAAAAGAAAUUUAUAUUCACCCAAAAGUGACCCCUUUGGACACAUUUUGGGACGAUUUACACGAAAAGUUAAUCUUGUUUCCUUAUUAAUUUGAGAUUAAAAACUUUAUUAUAAAAAUGAAUGAAAAAAAAACCCUUAAUCCUUAUAUGCAAAAAAAUAAAUGUCGCAAUGUUUCAAUCUUGUACCAGAAUCGCACAUAAACAGACUGAAUAAUUUAUAUACAUACACGUAGAUGAGGAGAAAAAAUAAUUAAUGUAAUAAUCCUUUUAUUGUGUCCCUAAUUGUGCUUUCAAAAAGUGAAAAAUCAUUGAUGUGAAACUUUGAUAAAUUCUGGCAAGAAAAAAAAAUUAAAUUGUUCUUGUUCAUUGCACGCCUUUCGCAGAUAAAUAUUUUACUUUAUUCGAUUUGAUUUUACACCGAAAACUCACCUCAAUAAAUUGUGAAUGAAGCGUAAAUGAAUAAGAAGAAGAAUUUGUGCUUUAAUGAAGCGCUCUGAUUGGCUAAAAGCGCGAUCAGUGCGUUUUCAUUGGCUAACUGUUUGUUCACGGCGUGAACCUUCGGUGUAAGGUUAAUUUGAAUGGAGCAUUCAUAAGUUAGAAGAUUUUUUUGAAAAUAUUUUUAAAGAGUUAAACUUGAAGAUAAGUCGUGAAAUAUAUUUUUUCUAACGGCUAUUUUUACAAUUUCUUUUGGAUCAUCUUUAGUUCAUUAGAAAGUUUCUAAAAAAUUUUAAAUAUUUUUGUGAUUUUCAUUUUGUUUAGACUGAAUUACGAUUGUUUUUUUUUAUAAUAAUUUCAAUGAACUAAUUAUUUAUUUCUUUUUAAUUUUAUGGGUAAAGUUGAGAUUUCGGAUGGGACAGACGAAAAAGGAACAGAAAAGAAGAUUUAAAAUCUAGCUUCAAAAAAAAAUUGAUUCAAUCCUUGAUUUUCAAUUAAUAAAAAACAAUUUUUUUGCGGUGGAAAAGGAGAAUUUUAAUUUUUUUUUAAUUUUGGGUAUAAGAUUGCGUGCGAUCACCCGUGUUUACGUGCGAUCGCAUAAGAUCGUGUAAGAUCACACAAUUUAAUGCCAAGGAGGCAAGAUUUUCUAGAAAAAAAUGCAAAUUAAUGCGAUCUUCAAAGGUUUUAACGCAUAAAAUGAUGCACUAACAGUGAAAAAUUAAAAAUAAAUUAAGUUUUGUUUCCUUUUACAAUAAUAAGAUCGAAUUAAUCGGAAAACCUUACUGAUUUCCAUUCAAAAUAAAUUUUCAAAAGCUUCAAAACAUUCGUAGCUUUUAUAUAGGCAUACCUAAAACAAAAAAUUUAUAUAAUUUGAGACAUGAAGCUCUCUAAAUUUGUCUUCAAUAUACAAAUAAUAAAUUCAGCCUGAAAGCGUCCGAAGGCAGCCAGAUUAUGUGGAGAAUUAUGUGUGAGAUCGCGUCGCGAUUGUAAAAAUAAAUUUUGAAUUCUUCCCACAAUCGUCUGUGACGUAUUUUUCAUUUAAAUUUCUUAUUAUGCCAAAUGCUAUUGAAUUUUUAUUUGCUCUUUGAUUUAUUUUCUUCAAUUGAAACAAUUAAGGAGGAUUAAUGUUUGUUAAAAGAAAAUUCUUUCCACAUGAUGAGGAAUGGAAUUUGGAGAAUUUUUUUUUAUUUAGAUAAUUUAAUUUUUCAAAGGAGGAAAAAUAUGAAAAAGUAAUUAUCUCAGUUGUUUGAUUGAGUUUCCUCGAUCUUAUGAGGUUAUCAGACUACAGCUUCAAACGCUUAGAAUUUUCUAAUCUCUCUGUGUGAGUAGAGGAGAGAAAAUAUUCUACUCUCUUUUAUUAUUAAUUACUUAAUAUUCAGCAUUAAAAGAGAGUUCUAGGCUCUUAAUUCUCAACAGUUUUUACAUGGGAAAAUAUGAAAGAGAAUGUAGAAUAUUUCCCCCCUUUUAUUUCUUUUAUUCACAGAGAAUUUAAAAGAAAUGUUAACCCUUUCGCGUCGACGUGAAACAUUGAAACAUGAGUUCUUUUUAUUAAAAUAUUUAUUGUCUAGAUGCUUUUAGAGGACUUUUCUCAAUCAAAACGUCUUCUUUGGCCUCUUUUGCGUGAAUUUGAUGCAUUUGUAACAUGGACAAAUAAUUAAAUUCAGAAAUAAUUGGAAAAAUAAUUUGUUUCACGUUUGGGUCAGCGUAUAACCCAAAAAAACGCGAAAGGGUUAAGCGUUUCAAGGUGUUGUGAUAUAAUUCAGUUAUAAACUUUCUUCUCCAUUCAAAAAGUCAAUCAUAACGCGUCCAGUUAUAAGAGUUGGUGUCCCACAACGUAUAGAAGUUUGUUUAUGCGAUGUAAUACUAUUUGUGAGCAGAAUUAGUAGGCAAAGUUGAUUUUUUUGUGAAAUUCAGCAAUUUGAUGCAUAAAAAUGGUCAUAUCUCUAGUUCUAUAACACCUACAGAAAUUUCGUGACUAGUUUUGGAAAGGUCCUGAAAUAAGCUAUAAUAUGAUAUAUAUCUCAGUGAUUUUCAAGGUCACCCGUAGAACACAAAAUGGCGGAUUUUUGUUUCACAAAAAGAGUUUUUCGCACUUUUCGUCCUGAAGAAAUGGUUCUAGAGGUUUCUGAUGUUUUAGAAACUUGUAGAUAAUUGCGAAACCUUUAAUUUGAUACCAAGUUGAGUCAAAUCGGGCAAGCGGUUCAAAAGAUAUGGUGCUUAGAACUUUUCAAAUGCAAGAAUUUUUCAAAUAUCCAUAUCUUCUAAACGGCGACAUAGAUUUUCUUCAUUUUCGGACUGGUGAAAGAUAUUGAGUCAGGCCACAACAUAUCAAAAUUUAAAGAAAAUCGAUGAUGGGGAUUCGGAGAUAUUGCCCCUUAAAAUUAGGCAAUUUUUGUUUUUGAUUUUAGCGCCUCUUGCGGAUGUUUUUGGAACUUGGAAUGUUCUAGACAGUUGUAGGGCUUCCCAAUACCUUUCAUUUGACACCAAGAUGGUUAAAAUCGAUCAAGCCGUUCUCAAGUUAUAUCGAAAAAACACUUUUUGCUUUAGACCGCCAUAUUUGCUAAACGGCUUGACCGAUUGUCAAGUAUGAAUUGUUGAUGAAAACGUCUCACUGAGCCCUAUAACAUACUAAAAUUUCAGACCUCUAGCUAUAAGGGAACUGAUUGACGGUGUUUCAAAAUGGCGGACGGCGGCCAUCUUGGAUUUUAAAAAUGCGAAAAAAUGAAAUUUUACACCCACAUUUCUAUAGAAAACUUCAAACCGGAAGUCUCUAUCUGUUACCGUUCUUGAGCUAUAAGGCAAAAUGUGGAGUCCGGGCCGGCAGGCCGGCCGGCAGGCCGGCCGGAUCAAAAUUUUUCCACCACCAUUUUCAGAAUGUGGGUUGUCUAAAACGUGCUCAUACUAAGUUUGAGCCCGAUCUGAGGUGGUCGGUUUUUCCGACGAUUACAAUACUUGGUGUUGGCCACGAAGUGGAACACCAACUAAUAAGAUUUUCUUAUAAGAAUUUCCCAAAAAAAUGUUUUUGUGAUCUGCGAAAGGUCUCUGAAUGUUUUUUAUAAUUUAAUCUGAAGUUAUAACUAAAUAAAUAAAUAAGUUUUAAGUUAUCUUUAAAUGUUGUUAUUUUGUAUAAUAAAAUUAUAGAGAAAAUGAGAAAAAUAAAAUGAAAAGAAAUAAAUUUAAUUUAAAUCUCAUCAAGGAGGAGGCCCAUCGGCUUAAGUGAGAGCUAUCUGUAGUAGCUGGAUAAGAUGCAGGAAAAAUCAUCCAGCCGGCGAAAUUGAAAAUUGGCGCACUUUUUCCUUCCAUACAGAGACAUUUUUCCACAUGAUAUCGUGAUGUGAGUUUUCCUCCAUUGCUGUGUGGAUGCUAUACAGGCUGAAUGCUUGUAUGAGGUUGAUGGGAAAAUUGUGGCGCAGGCGUGACUUUGUGUGCUUGUGGAAAAUGUUGAGGGAGAGAAGAAAAGUGGCCGUAAUGCUGUUCCCACAUUGAUUAUUGGGAUAUUUCUCUUUUGUGCACCUUCUUCCUCCCCUGCUUUCUGGGUGUGUGCCUGUGUGCGAACCCUGUGCGGUUGUGUGGCUGCUAAACGGGGGGCCUGUAGUAGCAGUGUGACGACGGAAAAACUCCACCUCGGUUGAGUGUGUGGAAAAACGAUUUUUCCCAGUCAGUGUGCGGCGGACAUUUCUAUCGAUUCCAGCGUUCCGCGGCCUCAGUGCCGUUCCUGGUGGCCAGAUUUUCAUCAAAUCAUUUUGCCUCUGAGGCCCCCACAAAGAAGCAUACCAGUGUUGUUGUGAACGAACUUGCAACUAUGCUCUGUAGUUGCUUCACCACCUGACUCGGUUGAGCAUCAAAAAUUCGACACCUUUAUGCGGGAAGGAAGACUUUUUCUUUCUUUCUCCUCAAUCUCUCCGACCAGUGAGGGGGCAAAUUUUCACAAAGAUAGAUUUUCUUCAAAUCUACUUCAAAAGUAAUUUUCAUCAUAUAGCAGUGAAGUGAAAACGGAGUGUUUAGCAGAAGAAGAGAAAAGUGAAAAAAAGUCUCUUCUAUAUGGAUGGAUGUCUCAAUGAUGGGAUGAAAACGUGAAAAAAGAGUGGAAAUAAAAAUGAAAAUGAUGUGAAAAGUGUUUUCACGGUGGGGCAAAGGAAGAAAAAAAGUGAGCACAUCUGAAAGCUUAUUCUAAUAAAAAUAGCUUUUUAGCAGCAGCAUUAGCUGCUAAGGCAAAGGAGAGAGGUGGAGAAGAAGAAGGAAAAAAAAAGCACGAUACAAGUGAGCAGAUAAGGUUGAUUUGUUCCCUCGACAUAUAUAUUUUUUUCCUCCUACAUCGUCACAUAUAUACACCAUACAUACAUACAUAUGUAUACAAUAUAUGUUCUGUGAGACUUAUAUCGGAUGGAUAAAGCGACAAUUGGUGAUUUGACGACGGAAAGUCUGUGUGCAACACCGCAAUAAUAUUCAUCAUCGACAAUUUGCAAAUGGAUUACUAAUUGACUGUGCUGAAUGAUUAACUCCGCGAGACGACCACCUUCGCGCAAAUCGAACCUCCUGCCACUCACCCAAAGAGCACCAGGCAAUUUAUUAUCAAUCCAACAUUGAACACGGUGUGUAAACAUCCACCACCCCCUCUGCAAUCACAGUCCCAGAGCGGCAGUGUUGCCAUAAAAAUUCCAGAAGUGACACCGUGCAAAAAGGUGCAAAAGGAACGCAAAGAAUUUUUUUUUUUUU